AUGAGCGCAUCUCAGCGUGGCUCCAUCGACGGAGGCGUCAUUGCAAAUCCGCACGACGCACCACCAGAACACCGCAUCCCUUUGGACCAUCUUCGAUCGCUCUACUAUCGACCCGCAGCAGGAUCCGGCAUCCUUGUGCCGUCAUCCGAGGUUUCUUCCGCCUACUCAUCACCGCAGCAGCCGCAGCUGACAGCUCCGCAAGACUACCGCACUUCCAGUCCAGCUCUUCGAUCCGGUUGGUCGUCGCACAGCCGCGCAGACAGCAUCCCUUCCCGAAACGCAAGACCGAACAGCUCGUCCUUCUGGUCGCACAACGUGCCCAAUGCUCAUCCCGGAACACACGCUAGCAUCCUCGCUCAAGCACAACGACAAGCACAAGACAGGCGGUCUCCCUCGCCAGCCCUGUCCCUCUCCGAGCAUGGUCAUCGUCAGCUGAGCUACAUCCAUGCGGCCCCUGGAUCGUCAGCAUCGUCCUUCGGUCUCGACCUGGACCGUGCAGAUCUCAACCGAGGUCUCCAGCCUCCUGUCUCGACCUCAUCACGGCGGUCCUCCAUGUACGGCUACCUGCCAACACGUCUCCUCCCGGUCGCAGAGAAGAAGCGAAUCCUAGUCACAGGAGGCGCCGGGUUCGUCGGUUCUCACCUCGUCGAUCGCCUCAUGCUCAUGGGCCACGAAGUGCUCGUCAUCGACAACUUCUUCACGGGUCAAAAGAGCAACCUAUCCCAAUGGCAUGGUCAUCCAAAUUUCGAGCUCAUCCGACACGACGUUGUUCAGCCAUUGGUUGUGGAAGUGGACCAGAUCUACCACCUGGCAUGUCCCGCCAGCCCCAUCUCGUACCAGGCCAACCAGGUCAAGACCAUCAAGACAAACUUUAUGGGCUCGAUCAACAUGCUUGGGCUGGCGAAGCGGACCAAGGCGCGCUUCUUGCUGGCCAGUACCUCGGAAGUGUACGGCGAUCCGGAUGUGCACCCGCAGCCAGAGACGUACAACGGGAAUGUCAACCCCGUGGGACCGAGAGCGUGCUACGAUGAGGGCAAGAGGGUUGCGGAGACGCUCACGUAUGGAUACUACUAUCAGGAUGGGGUGGAUGUGAGAGUGGCAAGGAUCUUUAACACGUAUGGACCGAGGAUGCACCCACACGAUGGGCGGGUGGUGAGCAAUCUCAUUCUGCAAGCGCUGAGGGGGGAGCCGCUGACGGUGUUUGGCGACGGGUCGCAGACGCGAAGCUUCAUGUUCAUUCACGACUUGAUUGAUGGGUUGAUAUCGCUGAUGAAUGCGGAGCCGCCGGUGGACGUGGGGUCUUUGCAGACGCCGCUACCACGGCCACCGCAGGCGCAGAACACACAAGCGGCGUCGGCAGCCGACAUCCUCACCGACGCACCCGAUUCGAUCAUUCCCUCCGAGGCGACUGCCACCACCCCUGCUGUUCCCACCGCUCUCAGCACCUCUUCAAACGCUGCUGCGAGCGAUGGGUACUUUCACCCCGACGCACACCGCUUCGACGUCCACACACCCGUCAACCUGGGCAACCCGGGCGAGUUCACCAUCAUGGAACUCGUCCAGCUCGUCCAGAAGUGCGUCGCCAAGGUCAAAGCCCAGGAUGCUCGUCCUACAUCCGCCUCCUCGUCGUCGAACCACAGCGACACUAUCGAUGCCUCUGCCUCGCCACCCAGGGCAGAGUCGGAAAUCCGCUUCUUCGCCAUGCCCAAGGACGAUCCCAAGCAGCGCAGACCGGAUAUCACCCGCGCCACGAGCUUGCUCGAUUGGUACCCACGCUGGAAACUAGAGGACGGACUGGAGGAGAUGACGCGGUGGUAUUGGGAGCGCAUCAAGGAGGGUUCUGUCUGA